ACCUUACGCCCCCGGAGUUGCGUCUUCUUUUUUGCGAUACUUUGGUCACUGGACGUGACGCUGAGAGCACACGCGAUUGCAGUAGCCAUUGGACGACAGACCAUUGACAAUGGCGGGCGCAGUGCGGCAACCGAUUGACGAAAAGGCGUUUGCAAAGUUCAUUGACGAGAAUGUGCCGGUCAUCAAGACGCCGAUCGAUCUGAAGCAGUUCGGCUUCGGACAAUCCAACCCUACAUACCAGAUCACCGACGCAACCGGCAAACGCUAUGUCAUGCGCAAGAAGCCGCCGGGGAAGCUGCUGUCCAAGACGGCGCACAAGGUGGAGCGCGAAUACCGGGCGUUGCACGCCCUCGAGACGACCGACGUGGCGGUGCCCAAGACGUAUUGCCUGUGCGAGGAUGACUCGGUCAUCGGCACGCCCUUCUACAUUAUGGAGUUUCUCGACGGACGCAUCUUUGAGGACUUUCUGAUGCCCGGCGUCAGCUCGGCCGACCGGACGGCGCUGUGGAAGGAGGCGAUCCAGACCCUGGCGCGGCUGCACGCCGUCGACGUGGCCAAGGUCGGGCUGGACAAGUUUGGCAAGGCGAACGGUUUCUAUAGCAGACAGACGCAGACGUGGGCGACAAUUUGCACCAGCCAGUCCAAGGCGGUCGAUAUCGAGACCAAGGAGCCCGUGGGACAGCUGCCGCAUUUCGACGAGCUGGUGGGCUUCUUCAAAGAUGAGAGGCUGCAGCCCAAGGAUAGGGCGACGCUGGUGCAUGGAGACUUUAAGAUUGACAACUUGGUCUUUCAUAAGACGGAGCCUCGGGUGAUUGGCAUCCUGGACUGGGAAAUGUCUACGAUAGGCCACCCCCUCUCCGACGUCUGCAACUUCAUCACGCAGUUCUACCUCGCCCGCUCGCCCGGCGCCUCGGCGUACAGCGACAGCGCACAGUUUUUGCCCGGCAAGACGCCUGGACUGCCCCAACCAGACCAGAUUCUGCAGUGGUACACCGAGAUUUCGGGCUACGACCCGCGGCCAGAGCUCAGCUGGGGCGCUGCCUUUAACAUCUUUAAGCUGGCGGGCGUGUGUCAGGGCAUCGCGGCGCGGUAUGCAGCUCGGCAGGCCAGCAGCGCAAAGGCGAAGAUGUACAUUGGGACGAGGGUUCCGUUGGCCAACUUUGCGUGGGAGUUGGCUCAGGAGGCGCGGGAUUCGAAGGCGAGAGAGUCUAAGUUGCGGCUUAACGUCCCUGUUGCGCCCGACGAGCGGCGGCCACUGCUCAGCAGGCUGUCGACGGAGCACGAAAAUGGCGAGCACGUCUUCAGCUGCCGCACGAACCCGCACAGCGACCUGCCCGUGUACACAAACAUUCACCGUAUCCGGCGCGACAUUGUCAGCGUCGUUGAGGAUUAUCUGACGCUGGAGCAGCUGCGGGACGUCAAGAUCAAUGUCACGGUUAUUCGGCCGCUGGUCGACAAGUUUUAUGAGCUGGGAGAUGUUUCCAUUGUAUACUGCUUGCUGGUCAACAGAGCCCAAUUUCUAGACGAAGAGUCGCGGUCCACCAACCGCCAAAACGUCAACUGGACUCGCGCCACGCUUUGUGAACUCAUUGCAACACGUAUCCUGCGCCGCUUUGGCGAGGAUCACGACAGCGACCACGACGGGUUGCUGCUACUGGCCCAUAUCCUCGUUGCCGGCUUCGAGCCCUUCCAGCAUGCGCCGGCGCACGUUCGAGCAGAGGCCGAGGACAAGGCCUGGUGGACAACGCACCGCACACUGCCAGCGCUCGAGGUCGCCAUCUUGACCGAGAGCAGGCAUUUUCUUAGCUCAACGACGUGCCAGAGGGUCGUGUCGGCCAUCUACGAGGGCCGCGUGAUAUACACGCCGUCGACGUCGUGGGACAUCAUCCCGGACCAUUACAAGCUGAAGCCCAUUUCGCUCUACGAACCGCGCGAGUCGCCGCUGCUGAACCAGUACCGGCUGAUUGUGCCGCGGACGCGCAACUAUCUCGAGGCUAUCCAGUUUACCAUCUUGCUUGGGCUGUAUGUCGCCGUCAUGAUUAUGCGGAGGCAAGGCGAGAUUCUGUAUCUGGAGAUUGCGUUUGCGAUCUAUGCGUUUGGGUGGUGUUUGGAUCAGUUUGCGACGAUUCUGGCCCACGGAUGGAACGUGUACACGCAGAAUCUAUGGUCUUUCCUUGACGUCACCUUCAUUUUCCUUUUCGUCAUCUACAGUGGCCUUCGCCUGUACGGCGUGUGGACUGGAUUACUAGGGCCCACGGAGCAGGCCUUUGAUGUUUUGGCGCUCGCAGCACCUGUCCUGGUCCCUCGCCUAGCGUUUAACUGGUUGUCUGACAACUUGGUCUUCUUAUCUCUGAGAUCCAUGAUGGCCGACUUUUUCCUGCUCACUGCGCUUUCGGCGUGGUGCUUUUUUGGAUUCUUGCUAUCUCUGCUGUGGCUGGGACAGGGAGCCCAUCCGCUGCUUACCAUUUCGAAAUGGAUGAUAUACAUCUGGUUUGGACUUGAUGGCACUGGAAUUCACCGAUCGGUGGAAUUCCACUGGUUGCUGGGACCCGUUGUCAUGAUCACAUUUGCUUUCCUUGGCAACACUCUCUUCCUUACUAUCCUCGUCUCCAUGCUGUCGAACACUUUUAGCAACAUCUCGUCCAACGCUACAGCCGAAAUACACUUCCGAAAAGCUGUCCUCACACUUGAAGGAGUCAAGGCAGAUGCUGUUUUCGCUUAUCAGCCCCCCUUCAACCUCCUUGCCGUAUUCCUUCUUUUGCCGCUCAAAUUCGUCGUCAGCCCGCGAUGGUUCCAUAAAAUCCAUGUCGCUACUGUUCGUUUGGUCAACCUUCCCCUAUUACUCUUCAUCGCCGUCGCUGAGCGCCGCCUACUCUGGCCGGCGAAGAGCUCCGAAGGAGGAACUGUCAGCUCGCUGGCUCAGAAAUGGUUCUGGCAAAGGUGGCAGCUCUCAGCAUAUCAGUACAUCCGCGCGGUGUUUGAUGUGCCACCUCCGGAUGAUGUAUAUGAUGACAUUGCCGUGGAUGAUGACCUGACGCAUCACCUCAUUCGGAGGCAAUACACCCGGCAGGAAUCUCAUGACACGGUGAGGAAGGCGUCGCGCCGAGAUUCCAUGUUUGAAAUCCCGCAUAAGCUGCGGGGAUCACUCACGGAAGCUGGUGAAGAUUAUGCAGAGGUGGCAAGCAGACUGGCCGCCAUGGAGAAGGCCAUGAACCGGAUGGAGGAUAUGCUCUCGAAGCUUCUUCCACAGGAUGAGAGUGAGAUUGGGGAGAGUAUACACAUACUCAGUUUGAAUCUUUGA